UUAAACUACGUGCACGUAUUCAUUCAAACGGCACGCCAGAGGAAAAAAGUAGGAAAGAAGGAAAAAAAAUAUUACAAAUGGAUUCUUUCACCACUGCGUUUUUCGUAUCACGUGAGUAACGCAGACUAAUUACGAGUAACUUCUCGCAACUUUAUAGUCCGGAGAAACCAGAGGAAUCAAUUUAUAUGUGGUAGAGACACGCGAGCUAAAGCCGCCUGCCGCACUAGCUCCCCAAGCGGCCGUGUUUGCAACCAGAAUCUAAUUGAUCGACCAUUGGUUGUUUGGAAAGCACGGCCUACGGGAACGCUAUUGUGACGUAAGCAACAGGCACUGAUUGAAGGAGAAGCAAUGAAGGUGAGAUACGCUCGACUCCUUCGCGUCACGUCCAGAUUACAUGGAGUUCUAUUAACGUGAUGGAUUUUUACCGCCUGAAGUUGUCCAGACCUUUUAGGAAAAAGAUGUAAAAAAUCAAAGAUAAAACCAAGAAAGAAGGAUGCCAGCAGCUCGAAUUUCACCGCUUGUUGAUCAGCGACCUUCCAUUACUUCUCAGGCCACCAGUUCGAGUUCGGGGAGUGUCGACAAUCACAGCGCCUCGUCCACCUCUUUGGAUAAAGUGGAGUUAACUCCGUAUCAAAGGAUCUUACAAAGACUAAACAACGACGAGAAAUGGCAGAAGGAGAUAACUCUAGGAAGACGAGUGGGAUUUUACAGAUUUCGAGGUGACAUCGGGAGUGGAAAUUUUUCUCAAGUCAAAGCUGCCGUUCAUUGCUUAAGUAAAGAGAGAGUAGCGGUUAAAAUUUUGGACAAAUCGAAACUCGACCAGAAAACACAAAAAAUGUUAAGCAGGGAAAUUAUUAGCAUGGAGGGACUGCAUCAUCCUCAUAUAAUACGGCUGUUCGAAGUAGUGGAAACUUUGACCAAAAUCUAUCUGGUGAUGGAGUAUGCUAACGGAGGAGAACUCUUCCAUAGGAUAUCCACAGAUGGGAGAUUUCCCGAAAUGGAAGCAAAACAUAUAUUCGCUCAAGUUACGGCUGCAUUAGACCAUAUGCAUCAACGAAACAUCAUCCAUAGAGAUUUGAAAGCCGAAAAUGUUUUCUUCGCUGGGCCAAACGUAGUUAAAGUAGGCGAUUUCGGAUUCAGCACUCAAGUGAGAGAACGAGAGGAAGCUCUUUGUACUUUUUGUGGUUCACCUCCUUACGCCGCACCCGAACUUUUCAAGGACGAAAAUUACGUCGGAGCUUACGUUGAUAUAUGGGCACUGGGAGUGUUGCUAUACUUCAUGGUUACCGGUUCUAUGCCCUUUAAAGCUCAAACUGUCGCAGCUCUCAAAAAACUAAUCCUGGAAGGUCAUUACGUUAUACCACAAUACGUUAGCGACUCUUGUUGUCAAUUAGUGAGAGGAAUCCUACAGAUAGUACCCCAUUAUCGUUAUACCAUAGAACAGAUUAAAAACACAGAAUGGUUGAGGAACCAACACUUUCCAUCCGAACUAACCAAAUAUAGUAUUAACACCAAUCCCGACGGACCUUUUAGUGAUAUAGAGAGAGAAACCAGACAACAAUUGAAAGAAUUGGGAAUCACCGAAGAGAUGUUAAAAGAGUGUGCCGAUAAAGGAUCGAGAUCCAACAUCACGGGCACUUACAGAAUCAUCGUGCAUAAGUUACAGACUUGUCCUUCGCAGAACAGAGAAGGCGAAGUGACAGAAUCUGUAUCUUCUGCACAGUUACCCCAACGUAAUCCAAGUACCUCGAAGCAUAGUGAAAAGGGAUUUAGAUUCUUAAAAAGGAAACCCUUUUCCGGUCAUAAAAAAUCAAAAACAUGUAAUAUCUUUUAGUUUCUACAUACCAUAUAUAUUACUAUAAAUAUAUAUAUAUAUAUAUAGGCCUACACACACAAUUAUUUGUUAAUGUCUAUCGAAAUCGCAAUCCUUCCAGACUAUCCGAAACUAUAUAAAAAAUUCCAAAGGUGGAAUGUAUUAAAUCUUGAUUUUUCGUAACUUAAUACUUUAUACGUAUCCCUCCUCCCAGAUUUAGCUCAAUGGUAGGUCAACAACUUGUUAUAUUACAUAUCUAAAGAAGGUCUUGUAUAACUCCGUUAACGAAAUAAUGUUUUACAAGAGUGUAUUGUUCGUAUUGCCGAAACUUUAGUUUACAUUGUGAUGCUUACAAAAAAACACACAAAAAUAAAGAGUGCCUACAUAAAAAGAUGGCGGAAAAAUUAUUUUUUUUGUGAUUGGAAGCUUCCGUGUAAUAUUUACAUAGGUUACUGCCGUUGACGUCAAAAUAGAUCGAAAUAUAUAUAUAUAUAUGUAUAUAUUGUACCGAAAAAAAAGAAAAUAUAUAUAUAUAUAUUUAUUCUUUCUGAAUGCUAUAUUUUAAUAAUCUUUAGUAUGUAAAUAAUGCCUGAAGCUUCUGUAUAUAAAUAAAUAAACAAAUAUAUAUAUAUAUAUAUAUUGUGAUAGGAUCUUUAUUGUUAACAUGUUAUUAUGUACUGUAUAUGUUGUUUAUUAAAAUUAUUAUUAUUAGUGUUCAGUUUCUGUUUGUGAAAAUCUCAGUUUUCAUUUUAUAACCAGUUUUAGGAGGAUUUAUUCCGUUCAUCUCUUUUCCACCUUCUUAGUAGUAGUAAUAAAAGAUCAUAAUAGGAAAUGACGAUAUUCUGCUCUUAAAAAUCCAAAUAUUCCUGCAGAUCUUCCAACAAUACCUCUAGAAUAUACAGCAAAUUGAGUUAGGUGCAAUCUUGGUAAUCCGGCUGUUUACUAGUUCGACAUGUCUAGUAAUCCGACACUAGUCGAUAGCUUGAUCUCGGAUAUUAUCGUCACUAUUACCAAGCCGUAGACAAGAUUCCAACUAAUUCAAAUUCCAGUUUCCACUGAAUUUGAACACUAGUAAACGUGGCAUGAGCCUGGGCUCGAACAUUCGAGCUUGGGUACAGUUUCUUAUGACACAAUACCGUAUAAAUAUUAAUAUAAAAACCAAAAAUACUAUAUUUAGUGGGAAUCCACCUACUUUACGAGAAUGGUUAUCGGCCACGACAAGAGCGCUCGAAUAACAAAACGGCAAAGGACAAUUGAAAAUUAUUUUAAAAGGAUCGAUGUUCAAUUUGAGAACUCUAAAAUACAGUAACGUGUUUAUUAAUAU